AUGCCUGAGGGAGCAGUCCUGGUGCCCCAGGAGGCGGCCCUGGCACGACAAUGGGCUGCUCUGAUUCCACGGCGGCGGGCGCUUUGUUGGCGGGCGGGGCGGCUGGCCUUGCAGCUGUCGCAUUUUCCCACGAUCGGGGGAGCCAAGUGUGGCCACCCCCACAGCGCUGCCCCCUCGCUGAACGCGUUUGAACAGCAAGACAAUCCUGGCCUGCGAUGUUCCCAGCCCAGCGAGACCUGCUUGAAUGGCGGGAAGUGUGAAGUGUUCCCCAACGGCACGGAGGCCUGUAUCCACUCGGAAGAGGAGCGGAAGCCGGUCCUCAGGGGCCUGCCUCUGGGCGGGGCCGUGUUGGAGGUGAAGGACCAGACCGGGGUCGGCCCCCGCCAGGUCCAGGUGUGCAAGGGCCCAGGCAGGCACUCCCACCUCCCGCCACCCCCCCACCCCCGGCUCCUGGCCCCUGGCCCCUGGCAAGCAUUCCUGCUUUCCCCCCGGGUGCGGGUUCUGGACGGUUCUCUGGGUGGCUCACCCUCGCAGCAGCUAGAGCGGGGUCAGGGCUUCGCUCCUGCCCGCCUGUACCCGCCCGAGAGCGGCAGGCGCCAGAGCGGCCUGGGGACCCUGGACGUGGUCCCUCUGGGGCCGGGACCAGGUUACCGUGACUUCCCAGGGAACGAGGUGAAGCGUUGCCUUCGCCCCGAGGCGAAGCGGCUGCUUGGCAUGGGUGCUGCCCAUCGGGUGGGCAGCGGGCGCCGCAGGGCAAGGGCUGACCAGGCCCCGGCCACUCUCACCACAGGCUUCACCGGCCAGAACUGCGAGGAAAACAUCGAUGACUGUCCGGGAAACAGCUGCCAGAACGGGGGCACCUGCGUGGACGGCGUGAACACCUACAAUUGCCGCUGCCCGCCCGAGUGGACAGGUCAGUACUGCACCAAGGACAUGGACGAGUGCCAGCUCAUGCCCAACGCCUGCCAGAACGGCGGCACCUGCCACAACACCCAGGGAGGCUACAACUGCGUGUGCGUCAACGGCUGGACGGGCGAGGACUGCAGCGAGAACAUCGACGACUGCGCCAGCGCGGCCUGCUUCCACGGUGCCACCUGCCACGACCGCGUGGCCUCCUUCUACUGCGAGUGUCCCCACGGCCGCACAGGUGAGGGCGGGUGCGGUGACACCGGCCUCCGCGGGCCAGCCUGGCGCACAUCACCUCACCCAGACGCACGGCUGGCUUUGCAGGGUGCCAACCCCUGUGAGCACAAGGGCAAGUGCAUCAACACGCUGGGCUCCUUCGAGUGCCGGUGCCUGCAGGGCUACACCGGCCCGCGCUGCGAGAUCGACGUCAACGAGUGCGUCUCGAACCCGUGUCAGAAUGACGCCACCUGCCUGGACCAGAUCGGGGAGUUCCAGUGCAUCUGCAUGCCCGGCUACACGGGGCCCCACUGCGAGGUGGACAUCGACGAGUGUGACCCCGACCCCUGCCACUACGGGUCCUGCAAGGAUGGCGUGGCCGCCUUCACCUGCCUGUGCCGGCCCGGCUACACGGGCCACCACUGCGAGACCAACAUCAACGAGUGCCACAGCCAGCCCUGCCGCCACGGGGGCACCUCCUCAGGACCCAACUGUGAGAUCAACCUGGACGACUGUGCCAGCAACCCCUGCGACUCGGGCACCUGCCUGGACAAGAUCGACGGCUAUGAGUGCGCCUGCGAGCCGGGCUACACGGGGAGCAUGUGCAACAUCAACAUCGACGAGUGCGCGGGCGGCCCCUGCCAGAACGGGGCCACCUGCACCGACUACCCCGGUGGCUACUCCUGCGAGUGCGUGGCCGGCUACCACGGGGUGAACUGCUCCGAGGAGAUCAACGAGUGCCUGUCCCACCCGUGCCAGAACGGCGGCACCUGCAUCGACCUCACCAACACCUACAAGUGCUCCUGUCCCCGGGGCACACAGGGUAAGGGUCGCCACACUGGGGCUGAGGUCCAGGGGAAGUGGGCCGUCGGGCCCCCUGUGCCCGGCCAGAGGCGUCCCGGACCUGGCCAGAGCCUCGUCCUGGCCGGCAGGCAGGCCCUCCAUGUGGGAACAAGGGGCCCCCAUUCCUGCUGGCAGAGGCGCUUCCCUGGGUGCCCCAGCCUCUGUUCUCGUCCCGGCCGAGGGGGUCACAGGAACCGUCCCUCUAGGAGAGCUGUGCAAAGAGUUAAAAACCAAAAGGCCACACCAUGGGCCCUGGGGGUGGGCCAGGGUGCUGUCGCCCGCAGAGGGGGUGCAGCUGCUCGCUCUGGCCCAGCCCUCGCCCGCGCGUCCUUCUGUGGCUGCCCCGGGUCUGCCCUUUUAUCACUGGGUUCAGGGCCACACAGCCAGGGCUGGUGGGUGCUGGUGCCCCACCUCAAAGGACGGAGGGUCAGAGGGGACGGCCGCCUCCGGGCCAUGCGGCCAGGAGUGUGUGGGGGCGGGGAACGCCCACCUUGGCCGCCCCUGAGCCGCCGAGGUCCCCUCUGCAGGUACAAAUGUGACUGCGAGCCCGGCUGGAGCGGGGCCAACUGUGACGUCAACAACAACGAGUGCGAGUCGAAUCCCUGUGUCAACGGCGGGACCUGCAAGGACAUGACCAGCGGCUACGUGUGCACCUGCCGCGAAGGCUUCAGCGGCCCCAACUGCCAGACCAACAUCAACGAGUGUGCGUCCAACCCGUGUCUGAACCAGGGCACCUGCAUCGAUGACGUGGCAGGGUACAAGUGCAACUGCCUGCUGCCCUACACAGUCCCCCCAGGGCAGACCUGCGAGGUGGACAUCAACGAGUGCGUGAAGAGCCCGUGCCGCCACGGCGCCUCCUGCCAGAACACCUCCUGCUUCAAUGGCGGCACCUGCGUGGAUGGCAUCGACUCCUUCACCUGCCUGUGCCCGCCUGGCUUCACGGGCAGCUACUGUGAGCACGACAUCAACGAGUGUGACUCGCGGCCCUGCCUGCACGGCGGCACCUGCCAGGACAGCUACGGCACCUACAAGUGCACCUGCCCGCUAGCACGGGGGUAUGAACGCUGCCCUCGCCCCCAGAACCUGGUGCGCUGGUGCGACUCCUCGCCCUGCAAGAACGGCGGCAAGUGCUGGCAGACCAACGUCCUGUACCGCUGCGAGUGCCACAGCGGCUGGACCGGCCUCUACUGCGCACACUCCUGCCACCGUGCGCCUCAAGGCAUCGACGUGACCCACCUGUGCCGGAACGGCGGGCUCUGCAUGGACGCGGACAACACGCACCACUGCCGCUGCCAGCCGGGCUACACAGGCAGCUACUGCGAGGACCAGGUGGACGAGUGCUCGCCCAGCCCCUGCCAGAACGGGGCCACCUGCACCGACUACCCCGGUGGCUACUCCUGCGAGCUUUCGGGGGGAGAGGCCACAGUGAGAAUUCCCGUGGGGUCUGUGACCCCGCAAAGGUCGGGACAAAGGAGCCCCCUCCCCCUGACGGGUGGGGCGUCAGACCGCGGGUCCCUCUGGCGGCGGGGCACGGCCGAGGGUGACCCUCCCUGUCUGUGCCCGUGUUCCCAGGAGGAGACGCCCCUGUUCCUGGCCGCCCGCGAGGGCAGCUACGAGACGGCCAAGGUGCUGCUGGACCACUUCGCCAACCGGGACAUCACGGACCACAUGGACCGGCUGCCGCGGGACAUCGCGCAGGAGCGCAUGCACCACGACAUCGUGCGCCUGCUGGACGAGUACAACGUGGCGCCGAGCCCUCCCGGCUCCGUGCUGACCUCCGCCCUCUCCCCCGUCAUCUGCGGGCCCAACCGGUCCUUCCUCAGCCUCAAACACACUCCGAUGGGCAAGAAGCCCAGACGGCCCAACGCCAAGAGUGCCGUGCCCACCAGCCUCCCUAACCUGGCCAAGGAGGCCAAGGAGGCCAAGGGUGGCAGGAGGAAGAAGUCGCUGAGUGACAAGGCCCAGCUGUCGGAGAGCUCCGUGACUCUGUCCCCCGUCGAUUCCCUCGAGUCCCCUCACACCUACGUUUCCGACACCACCUCCUCCCCAAUGAUCACAUCCCCUGGCCUCCUACAGGCCUCGCCCAACCCCAUGCUGGCCGCGGCCGCGGCCCCCGCCCCUGUCCACGCACAGCAUGCACUGUCCUUCUCUAACCUCCGUGAGAUCCAGCCUUUGGCGCACGGGCCCGGCACUGUGCUUCCCUCGGUGAGCCAGCUGCUGUCCCACCACCACAUGGUGCCUCCAGGCAGUGGCAGUGCGGGGAGCGUGGGUAGGCUGCAUCCGGUCCCUGUCCCGGCAGACUGGAUGAACCGCAUGGAGAUGAAUGAGAGCCAGUACAAUGAGAUGUUUGGUAUGGUACUGGCACCAGCUGAGGGCACCCCUCCUGGCAUAGCUCCUCAGAGCAGGCCGCCGGAAGGGAAGCAUAUGACCGCCUCCCGGGAGCCCUUGCCCCCCAUCGUGACUUUCCAGCUAAUCCCCAAAGGCGGGAUUGCCCAACCCGCCGGGGCGCCCCAGCCUCAGUCCAGCUGCCCUCCGGCUGCUGCAGGCCCCAUGCCCACCAUGUACCAGAUUCCAGAAAUGGCUCGUUUGCCCAGCAUGGCGUUCCCCAUGGCCACCGCCCAGUUCCUGACGCCGCCCUCCCAGCACAGCUGCUCCUCCUCGCCCGUGGACAACACCCCCAGCCACCAGCUGCAGGUGCCCGAGCACCCCUUCCUCACCCCGUCCCCCGAGUCCCCCGACCAGUGGUCCAGCUCGUCCCCCCACUCCAACAUCUCCGAUUGGUCCGAGGGCAUCUCCAGCCCGCCCACCAGCACGCAGUCCCAGAUCGCCCACAUCCCGGAGGCGUUCAAGUAAAGAGCUGGCCACGGAGCCACGCUUCUGGCCACGGGGCCACGUGUCCCUGCCACGGGACUACCUUCCUUCCCCAGGCCCUGCUGGGGCAUUCGCCCGGCACUCCGCGGACACCGGGCCGACCAAAGGAGCUUAUUUUUUUUUAAAGAAACAUGUUUUUAUACAAAAUAAGAGGACAGAGAUGUGAACUUUUUUAGUAUUUAUUUAUGUACUUUUCUCUCACAUGGAAACACUGCCUUUUUAUUUAUAUGCAUCGUGUUCUCUCUCCCAGGAAACUUAGUAGUUCUCAGCCAUGACUUCCCUCCGUAGGGAAAAGAUUGUUACGUGUCAGUAAAACACAUGAACAAAGAUUCAUGAUUUAUACAUGC